AUCUCGAUCAUGAUGAAAAGUAUCGUUCUACUUCUGUCGGUGUUUUUGGUGGCUGGAGCUGCUAAGGUGCCGCGGUUAGUCCUGGACGACUCCUAUGUCACCAGAGUUGUCGGUGGUGAAGUAGCAGCAAAUGGAUCGGCUCCGUACCAAGUGUCCCUGCAGAUACCUGCCUGGGGUCACAACUGUGGAGGCUCACUCCUGAACAAACGCUGGGUUCUAACGGCGGCCCACUGUCUAGUUGGAAAUGAACCCAGCGGUCUGGUGGUGCUGGUAGGCACCAACAGUCUGAAGGAAGGUGGUCAGUUUUACAAGGUGGAUAAGCUGUUCUACCAUAGCCGCUACAACAGUCCCCAGUUCCAUAACGACAUUGGCUUGGUACGCCUAGAGAAACCAGUAGAGUUUUCCAAUCUGGUGCAAAGCAUCGAGUAUUCCGAAAAGGCUGUUCCCGUGAAUGCUACAGUUCGCUUGACCGGUUGGGGACGUACCAGUGCUGGCGGUUCCGUGCCGACCAUGUUGCAGAGUUUGAACGUCGUUACACUGAGCAAUGAGGAGUGCAAGGCGAAGAGCGGAAAUCCAGAAAAUGUCGAUGUGGGUCAUGUCUGCACACUGACCAAGGCUGGCGAGGGCGCUUGCAAUGGUGAUUCCGGUGGUCCACUGGUCUACGAGGGAAAGUUGGUAGGUGUUGUCAAUUUUGGAGUACCUUGUGGAUUAGGAUACCCGGAUGGAUUUGCAAGGGUGUCUUAUUAUCAUGACUGGGUACGCACAACCAUGGGAAACAAUUCUUAGUUUGUCCCUCUGAAUAUCUCAAUUUACGAUGAAUUGUGUAAAGGCUGAUAUUGGAAAAUAAAUUUGCAUCAAA